UGUGUAAAUUAUAGAAAGCUUAUAGGGGCAGCAAAGUAGUGAAGUAGAUGGACAUCUAAGUUCAAAUUUACCCUCAAAUACUUACUAGCUGUGCAACCCUGGGCAAAUCAACUCGAUCUGUCUUUGAGAAGGAAAUGGUGAAAGACUUUAGUAUCCUUGCCAAGAGAACUUCAUGGACAGUAUUGGCAUGCUGUAUGCCAUGAGGUCACAAUGAGUUGGACAGUACCGAGUGACUGAACAAAGAAAGUGACUGAAAAUGUGAAAAAUAUGGGUUAAACUGAACAGUGGGUCCUGCUUACAUUUUUGGUUUUGGAAAGCCACUUAUUAUCCAGUAUAUCUCGUAUAUUUCUGCUAUCUCUUCCUGGAGAUAGAACCAUGAGAAUAUGCUUCGAGCCCUUAAAGUGCUCAUAUAAAUGUAACGUGUAAUGAUGAUGAGAUAAUAAUGUAGAAAUAUGCUUUGAGCUACUUUUUAGGGAAGAAAGGUACCAAUUAGUCCAAAGUACAUUAUUUUUAACUUCAGUUUACUCUUUUUUUUUUUUAAACUUAUGUCUAACUUCUGCUUUGGUACUACAAUUGAAAAAUAGCUGAAUUUUUAGUCUGGAGACCUGGGUUCAUGUUUAGUCUUUACUACUUGCUGCCUUUGUGAACUGGCAAAUCACUUAACCUCUUUGGGAUACAAUGGCCUUAUUUGUACAAUGGGGAGAUUGUACUAAGUUGUUACUACCACCCAGAGAAUAGAAGACAGCCAUGCUGGGAAGCCAGGAACCACAUAUCUUAGGGCAAUCAGGAGAUGGGACCCCUAGAGAAAACAGCCCUUUCAUUAACAAUACUGACAUGGAAAGAGAGAAUAUCUAUGAAGGAAAGAACAUGGCUCUGUUUGAGGAAGAAAUGGAUAGUAAUCCCAUGGUAUCAUCGCUUCUUAAUAAAUUAGCAAAUUAUACCAAUCUGAGUCAGGGUGUGGUCGAACAUGAAGAGGAUGAAGAUAGCAAGCGAAAAGAAAUUAAGGCUCCACGAAUGGGAACAUUCAUUGGUGUAUACUUACCCUGCCUGCAGAACAUCCUUGGAGUCAUUCUGUUUCUUCGUUUGACAUGGAUUGUAGGCGCAGCAGGAAUCCUUGAAUCGUUCAUCAUCGUAUUCAUGUGCUGUACUUGUACGAUGCUGACAGCAAUAUCUAUGAGCGCCAUAGCAACAAACGGUGUUGUUCCAGCUGGAGGCUCAUAUUACAUGAUAUCAAGGUCUUUAGGUCCUGAAUUUGGAGGGGCAGUUGGACUCUGUUUCUACCUGGGCACCACUUUUGCAGGAGCCAUGUAUAUUUUGGGGACAAUUGAAAUCUUUUUGACUUAUAUUUCUCCAAGUGCUGCUAUAUUUCAUUCAGAAGAUGGUGAAGGAGAAAAUGUCGCCAUGCUCAACAAUAUGCGAGUUUAUGGAACCUGCACGCUCGCCCUGAUGGCUAUGGUGGUGUUUGUAGGAGUAAAAUAUGUCAAUAAGCUCGCCUUGGUAUUUCUGGCCUGUGUGAUCCUCUCAAUUCUGGCCAUUUAUGCUGGUGUCAUCAAGACUGCUUUUGAUCCCCCCAGUAUUUCGGUCUGUCUUCUUGGGAAUCGUACAUUAUCAAAGCGUGCUUUUGAUACCUGUGCUAAAUACGAAUACAGAAAUAAUGAAACGGUGACAACAGACCUGUGGAAACUCUUCUGCAACGGUUCUAUGCUUAGUGCCAAAUGUGAUGAUUACUUUGCCCAAAACAAUGUGACUGAAAUAAAGGGAAUUCCAGGGAUUGCCAGUGGCAUCAUACGAGAAAAUCUGUGGAGUGCGUAUGCAGAUAAAGGAGCAUUUGUAGAAAAAAAAGACAAGCCUUCAAUCCCAGCAUCAGAGGAAAUAAAAUUUAUUAGCAGCCCUCCUUAUGUAUUGACAGACAUCAUGACAUACUUUACAAUGUUGGUAGGAAUUUAUUUCCCAUCUGUGACAGGUAUUAUGGCAGGUUCAAACCGAUCGGGUGAUUUGAGGGAUGCUCAGAAAUCCAUCCCUACUGGAACAAUUUUGGCAAUUGUGACCACAUCUUUUAUCUAUUUGUCCUGCAUUGUCCUCUUUGGAGCCUGUAUAGAAGGUGUAGUUUUGAGAGAUAAGUUUGGAGAAGCCCUGAAAGGAAAACUUGUGAUUGGCAUGCUGGCCUGGCCAUCGCCCUGGGUCAUUGUCAUUGGCUCUUUCUUCUCCACCUGUGGGGCUGGUCUACAGAGCUUAACAGGUGCACCUAGGCUACUGCAGGCUAUUGCACGAGAUGGGAUUGUGCCUUUCCUUCAGGUAUUUGGUCAUGGGAAAGCAAAUGGGGAGCCCACAUGGGCUUUACUCCUUACUGCUCUCAUCUGUGAAAUAGGAAUCCUAAUUGCUUCCUUGGAUAGCGUAGCACCUAUUCUUUCAAUGUUUUUCCUCAUGUGCUAUAUGUUUGUGAAUUUGGCUUGUGCUGUACAGACUCUUCUACGUACCCCAAACUGGCGCCCUCGUUUCAAGUUUUAUCACUGGACUCUGUCCUUUCUUGGAAUGAGCUUGUGUCUUGCCUUGAUGUUCAUCUGCUCUUGGUAUUACGCCUUGUUUGCCAUGCUUAUCGCAGGCUGUAUUUACAAAUACAUUGAAUACAGAGGAGCUGAGAAAGAAUGGGGUGAUGGAAUAAGAGGUUUAUCUUUGAAUGCUGCUCGUUUUGCGUUACUUCGGGUAGAACACGGCCCACCACACACUAAAAACUGGAGACCUCAAGUUCUAGUGAUGCUGAAUUUGGAUUCAGAACAGUGUGUAAAACAUCCGAGGUUACUCUCAUUCAAUACCCAGUUGAAGGCUGGGAAAGGGUUAACGAUUGUGGGCUCUGUCCUGGAGGGAACAUACUUGGAUAAACACCAAGAAGCCCAGAGAGCUGAAGAGAAUAUCCGGUCUCUGAUGGGAGCAGAAAAGACUAAAGGAUUUUGCCAGUUGGUGGUCUCUUCCAGCUUGAGAGAUGGAAUGUCCCACUUGAUUCAGUCUGCUGGUUUGGGUGGCAUGAAGCACAACACUGUUCUUAUGGCAUGGCCAGAGUCAUGGAAACAAUCAGAUAAUCCCUUCUCAUGGAAGAAUUUUGUUGAUACGAUCCGAGACACCACUGCAGCACAGCAAGCUUUGAUGGUGGCUAAAAAUAUUGACAUGUUCCCACAAAACCAAGAGCGCUUUAGCGAGGGGAACAUAGACGUGUGGUGGAUUGUUCACGACGGUGGCAUGCUAAUGCUGCUGCCAUUUCUGCUGCGCCAGCACAAGGUGUGGAGAAAGUGUAGAAUGCGUAUCUUCACAGUUGCACAGAUGGAUGACAACAGCAUUCAAAUGAAGAAAGAUCUUCAGAUGUUCUUGUACCAUCUCCGUAUUAGUGCUGAGGUGGAGGUUGUCGAAAUGGUGGAGAAUGACAUUUCGGCUUUUACCUAUGAGAAAACAUUAAUGAUGGAGCAGAGGUCCCAGAUGCUAAAGCAGAUGCAACUUUCCAAGAAUGAAAGAGAAAGAGAGAUUCAGAGCAUCUCUAAUGAGUCUCGAUGCUCUAUCAGAAGGAAGAGCCGCUCUAGUCCACAGUCCAUUGGUCAGGAUGUUCAGGCCCUGCUGCCUAAUGACAGCCAAGAGGAAGAGGCUCAAUUAAUACAUGACAGAAACACUGCAUCUCAUUCCGCAGCAGUCGCCAAGACGAAAGAAGUAGCUACACCAGAGAAGGUUCAAAUGACCUGGACUAAGGAAAAACUCAUCAGUGAAAAACAUAAAAACAAAGAUACAAACGCAGCUGGAUUCCGAGACCUUUUUACUUUGAAACCAAACCAGUCCAACGUCAGGAGGAUGCAUACGGCCGUGAAGCUUAAUGGAGUCGUCCUCAACAAAUCCCAGGAUGCCCAGCUGGUCUUGUUGAAUAUGCCUGGCCCUCCCAAAAACCGACAAGGAGAUGAAAAUUACAUGGAAUUCCUGGAAGUUUUGACAGAAGGACUAAAUCGAGUGCUUUUGGUGAGAGGUGGAGGCCGAGAGGUGAUCACCAUCUAUUCCUAAUGCUGCUGGUGACCACCCAGAGCUUGUUUAGAACAUGGCGGCACUGAGUAUCUAGGUGGAUAGAAACACUGGACAAAGCAGGUCUUGGGUUCCUGGAAGUUGAGCAGUUGAAAUGUUCCUGUGUACUUGAAAUGAUAUGCCAGCUUGAUCUGCUGAUCCAUAUGUUAUGCUUUUUUACAAAAAGAAGUGAUCUGUUUUUUUUUUUUAAACCUAGAGCAGAGUUCUUGUCAAUAUUGAAGAUAUUUUAUUUGUCUGCACUGUUAAAUAAAAAUCUGGGGGGUUUGGGGUUGGGAGUAGGGAGCUGGAGUGUGAAUGUGUGUGUGAGAGAGAUUUAAAAAGAAUUACAAAAGCCUUCCCCCCUUCCCUCUCCCCCCAAAUUUAUUUGUAGUAUCUGGAAUAUUAAUCAUGUUCUCACUACUUUAUUGUUCUAUGUAUUUGGGAUGAAACUGAUGGUAUCUUUUUUUUUUUAAUCCUGGUUUUGUUUUUUAACUGAUUCCAGGAAAGCUGAGCUUUUAUUCAGUGAUAAACUGUGAAGUUGGCUAAAACUGAUCAAUUUUCUGAUUCUGGAUUCAAACUUUUCUUGAUUUUUUUCCCCUAAACAUAAAACCAUUACGUUUUCACUUUACUAGCUCCAGAACAUGGAUUUAUAAAAAGUCUGCUUUUUCAAGUUUAUUUUCUGGGUGAUAAGAGGUACAUUUUAUAAAGAAGUGAACUGCCUACCUUUUAAAAAAGUCAUCCAUUCACUUUCCCCAUUUUUUCCCCUUGAAUCAUUUGACCAUUUUUCAUUUCCAUGAGCAUCCAAAGAUGUUUCCAUUCCUGCCCCUGGCGCAUCACUGAAGUUCAAGUCCAAAGGGAGAGUCUUGGGUAGCGAUGAGGGCCACACUCCCUUUCCAUAUAGUAAGCCAAUGCUCAGACAUCUGCUUUUGCUCCACAGAAGACAGACCAUUCAGCUCCAGUUGUCUUGAAAGAGCAGCCACUGUUCUUGAAACUUUUUAAAAAAGAUAUUUCAUCUAUAACUCAAGUAUUGAGCCUAAUAACAGUUGUGUUAUAAUCCAGGUUUUAUAUUUCUUUAAAAAAAUUAAAAAAUAAAACAACCACCCAAACUAAUUCUUAUAUUCUCUUUGAUAGUUCCUUUUUUCUUUUCUACUUUUUAAAAUGACUCAGAUAACGCUGUUGACACCUGUACAUUUUGUCUGCAACUACUGCAAUCUUCACGUUCAGUUUUAUUCUGGUUUGUUAAAUAAGUAAUCGUUUAGUCUUUGACUAAGCAUUGAUGCUGGCUAGCUCUAGCCAACAUCUUUGCAUAUGUUGCCAAUGUCUUAAAUAUGCAGAAGGGAAACGUACACAGAGAGAAGUAUCCUGAAAACCAAAAAGUGCAAUAAGCAAAAAAUAAACAAAGUGCUUUUGAGACUCCGAGUGGAAUUGUUAAAUAGCAAAGCUUAGAUAUAAAGCUGUUGGCAUGCCAGCAUUUCCAGUAUCAGAUAUGCACACUUCAAGUUGCAGCUAGUAAAUAAGUAUGCACUCUGUUCCUACCCAUGCAUAGUAAGAGCUAAGAAAAACAUUUUCAGAACGUCUGGGAUGGAUGGAGACAUCUUGUACCUUGUAAGAAGUAAUUGCAACCUUUAAGAAAUCAUCAAUCUUGUCUUUGAGCCCAGUAAGUCCAAUAGGGUUUGACACUGAGUUUUUGUUGUUUUUGUUUUAUUUUAAUGGUCAAAAUCUCCUAUCUGUUGUUUGUCUUCUGAGGAUGUCUCCCUAACUUCUAUCAGCAUAUGACUUGCAGUCGUGUCCCAGAGGAACAAUUUGGACACAUCUCUUAUGGUCUGGACAAGGCUGGUCUUGUAUUUUUAUUUUUCUUUUUUUAUGUGGAUGUUUGAUUAUUGCACUUUAUCUUGGUCUUUCCAUUCUGUAGUUGAGAAUCAUUUAAUCUACUCUGUAAAGAUUCUCUCUUUUUUUUUUAGGGGGUGGGGCAUGUGGCAUUUUGGUAUUUGUGGCUUACCUGCUUUGUGACUUAUUUAUUUAUUUAUAUGUUCCAGGUGAUAUUUUAAUGCCUGAAUUGGCAGCAUAUGAAGACAGAAUCUCUACCCCAGAUAGAGAGAAAAGAAGGGGUUUGAGAAGGCCCAGGUUUCUUGUUUAUUUCCAGGAUAAUUCAUCAAUUCCUCUAGGAAGGUGGUUGGAUGUGGGAGAGGUUGACAAAAAGAGCCUUCCUGUGCAGCCCAUUGCAGUGCCGAAGUUUAAAUAUGUAGUCUAGAAGUUUUGAGUCAGGAAUAAGCUUCUAGAUCAGCAUUGGGUCCUUCAUCAAAUGGGGUUUCUUUUAGUCCAAUUUUCCUCCCACAUCUUCACAGAUACCUCUCUUGAGCAUGAAGGAAUUAUAGAUGCUCUGGGAAUCCACCUGAAUAGGAAGCCAAAUUUCCAAAAUUGUACCCUCAGCUGGGUGGGAAAACCAUCAAACCAGUAAAUGUGUGCCAAAAUAAUGCUGUGGAAAACAUAGUUGAUCUUUUUCUUUCCCCUCCUGGAGAUGGGCUUCUCUCUCUCUUGUGUGGGGCUGUAUGUGUGUGUGUGUGUGUGUGUGUGUGUGUGUGUGUGUGUGUGUCUGUCUGUCUGUCUGUCUGUCUGAAUGUGACCAUUAUUAAAAGGAGAUCUUCCUGCUGAGAGGAGGGUAGUUACAAGGGCACCCAGAGGAGGCAUUAUAGGGUAAAUGGCUUUUUGCUUUGCCCAUUUUACUUUAAAGUAGCUGAUGUAAUGUGGCACACUUCACACAUGGUGCUAAAUUCCAUGGAAUAGUUGGAUAGUUCACUAAGGCUGUUGUAGGUUGGAAAUGAACAUGACAAGUCCACGGGUUGCUGUCCGUGUAUUCACCAGAUGUCAAUGUGUCCACAGUUUGUCCUCAGUUGUUUUGCAGUAUUUUGUUCAUGUAAACAACAGUGUAUCUUUUUCUACAUUAUAAACAUUUUGUAACCAAUAAGUGCAACCAUUUAGAGGUGAUGAUUUAAUGUUUGCUUUUAAUGUUUCCUUGUCUUUGUAUGAUUCUGUUUAGAAAAAUAAAAUGGGACGAAAUCUGUUCAAAAUCA